AAAAACAGUCGGUGCGCGACCAUCUUGUCAAAACUGGAGUCGGUGACAACAAAUAAAUAUUGUAAAAUGUCUUAAAUCCCUCAUAUUUAUAUAAAGUAAUCUUUGUUUUUGAUAAAGGGCAGUGUAUUUCUUGUGUGGGUGUUAUUUUUAACGCGGUUACUAUACAUUUUGCUCAAUAAUUUCGGGUUUAUGUUGCGUCAAAUGACGUCAUGUAUGUGAUUAUUAUACACGUAUCGCGGCUGACGAGUUCGUGAAGAAUGCAUGAGCAGGACGGCGAGACGGAGCCGGCGCACCACGCCCGGCGGCCAAUGAACGCCUUCCUCAUAUUCUGCAAGCGACACCGCAGCGUCGUGCGCGACAAGUAUCCUAACCUCGAGAACAGGUCCAUUACCAAAAUUCUUGGAGAGUGGUGGGCUAACUUGGACAAAGAAGACAAAGCCUGCUAUACAGGUCUUGCUAAACAGUACAAAGACGCCUUCCUCAGUGCCAACCCCGACUUCAAAUGGUACAAGUUGCCCGCGCCGCCUCUCCGUACGCUUUCCUCCCGGCCACGAGAAACAACUGAGAAACAAAUCGAGUUCCCUACUACCGCCUACCACGAAACUGAACUGGAGAAAACCAACAACAACUCCACAAAAGUUGACCUCAACAAGAAGCCAAUCGAUAAUGUAUUCAACGAAGAUGAUCAGAAACGUUUGUCCAUGUUCACACCCGGCAAACUCGCGGAUGAAGCCCAGAUGGGCGGCUUAAGUAGCUUGCUAGCGACCAAGACUGAAACCCAAACUACAAACCCAUACUAUUCCCCUCCCAACCUGAAAUACAAUGCGAUCUCAACCCCAAACGACUACAGAUCUCAUAGCAUAUUAGAGAGGUCUAAAGCGAAAGGCUUCUCCAGGGAGGAAAGUAUACGCGAACUUCAAAAUGCUCUUACUGAAACCAGUAAAAUAUUCGAAGAAGAGUUCGACAAUGGAACGGGAAAAGUGUAUCGUUAUGGACAUAUCGUUCCUAAUGAUCAAUUUACUAAUCAGGAUGUAAUAGACCAAAUAGUUGAUAAGAGAUAUUCUAAAGAUGAUGAUAGUUUUAUGAAAAACUGGUCUGAUGACGAGAAGAACGCGAGAUCAGGCAGGUCGUGUAAAGGAAAGAGGUAUCAAGAGUUCAUGGCUGUUGGGGGACUGAUAGUAAAUAAGAGGCAGAAACGCGAUCAUUUUGAUAAAAUGCCAGACGAAGAUUACAACGCGUCUUGUAGUUGGGAAACUAGUAAUUCACGUAGCGAGGAGUCGAUAUCGAACGAAGAGCCGAAGCAAACUCCAGAAAGUUCCGUGAACGAUACGUUAGCUGAAGCCGAGACAAAGCCCGACACUCCGGAUACAUCCGAACCAGACAAUAACACAAACAAAACGUUCAAGGCUGCAGAUUUCGAUUUAGAUGCUAAAAUUAGAGCUCUACCCUCGCUUAGUCUAGAAAAAUUCCAACAGAAGAAAAGAGAAAACAAACGCAAAAAGAAAUCGUCCAGCCUCAGGUCUAAAAAUGUGGAGCCGAUGGACAGAAUUAUAAAUUCAGUACCGAGAUCAUCGUUUUUCGAUGAAAGGAGGGAAAUGGCUGAAAGUUGGCGGGAACACGUUAUCGGGAGCCAAAAACGGAAACCUAGGAAGGUGAGCAUCACCAGGCUCGAGAUCAACAGUAUAGCAGCGAGUAUGGAGGUGAAAGAAUCGCAUAAGAUAAGCCCCGAGAUCAAGUUAGCUACAGAAGCGCCUUGCACCGUCCUGCAGAGCAUGGAGCUGUGCAAGCAGCCGCAGCACGGCCACGUGGACCUGCUGGCGCUGGCCACGCUGGCCGAGGUCGCCGCCAACAAGUCCAAGAUAGAGGAUUCCUCCAUCAUCCAGACAAUGACCGCCAAAGCGAGCGAAGAAAACGCUUCCAAGGUAUGAGAUACCGAUUAGCCUUAACAGAUUUCCAAAAAUUAUUUACUUUAUAAUCAGAUAUUUAUAUAUAUUAUAGAUAGAUAUACUUUUACAUAGUAUGCAUAAAGAUUAAUAUUAUUGUACACUUAAUUAUAGUUUUUAUAACAUAGAGAUAGAUUUUAUUUAUACGGAAAUAGAGACCUAUGUAUACUUUAGUUAGUCGGCCGUUGGCUACUCCGUUUGCUUUGUUAGGAUUAGAGAAAAUACGAUGAUAGAUUUUAACAUCACACGAAUAAGAGCAAGGCAUAAUGUAUUAUGUAAAUUAUAUGUAUGAAAUACAACUUAAUUAUACACGUUUCGGAAUAUGAAAAAGAUGACCCAUCACAUUCGUUAGAACAUUAAAAUUAAUUGUGUAUUUUUUAAGAAGGUGUUGUAUUUAAAUUGAACAUCACAUGGUAAUUUCAAAUGCCAAACACAAGUCAUAAUUUAUAUAUAAUUGUAAACCUCAUUUUGUAUAUUUAGAUUAUUUGAAUCGCCUUAUAACUUAGAUUGUAAAUAAGAACCAAGACACCACGUGCAUAGACUGCAUUGCAUUUUUAAGGUGAUUUGUUUUGUUCGUUGCAUAUUUAUUGUGCAAUUUAUCAUUUGUAUAUAUAUAUAUUUAUAUUAAUACGUGACAUUAGUCACUUUUGCAUUAUAUAUAAUGAAUUAUGUCCACACAAACACGGCAUAAAUAUAUGUAUGUGUUUUUUUUUUAAUUUAAACAGUACAGUGCCUUCGCGGCAAAUGCUGUCAAUGUGUGUACCUACGAAUUUAUAAUAAUGAUAAAAUAUUUAUAAAAAAAUAACAUAGAUCAAUUUUGAACCGUACCAUCGUAUACGAUGGGUUUGAAAUAUGUAUAACAAAAAUAAUAAGGUAUUUACAACCGUCAUCAAUCGUGAGGAAGAAUCGCAAGUAUUCUUUGUGAUAAAACUUAUCAAUUUUACUUAAUUUAUAACAAAACUUAAAAAUUAUCUAUCAAUAAUUUCACGUAGACGCAUGUCAUUCGAUCGCCCAUCUAAUGCUGCAACUAUGGAAAUCUGAUAGUUAAAAAUACUAUCAGAUACUUUCAAAAUCUCACUAGUCCAUUUCAAAACUUUCUUAUCUUAAACUGCCUUCAAAAUAUUAUGAAAGUACACGCACUAUAUAAUAUAUCUUCCUUAAUAAAUGUUCACUGUUAUUUCUAAGGUAUAGAAUAUCCUUGUCCCUGAUAGGUACCUGACGUUUAUCGAAAACUUACAUAAAUUCGCUUAAUCGUUUUGAAAUUUAUUAUAAUAAUUUUAAGUUGCACACCAUUGUCAAUAUGUUUUAUCAUUAUUAUUUUUACAGAACAGUGUUUCUCAAAUAUUGUUCUUUUAUUUAUUUGUGAUGGUUUUUAAGUAUUUCUGUGAUUUUAUUCUAUCUCCUUUAUAGGUUGAUGGUGUGAAGCUUUCGUUGCAGGUCUAGUCUAAAAUAGUGUAUAAAUGAUCAAGUACUAAAUUUGAAAAGUGCACUUAUAUUUUUUAAAUUACAAACGAUGACAUAUAGCCAUAAUGUGACACGCUCAUCCAAAGACCAAAUGUAUUUAGAGUAGUAAAGCUAGGCUGUAGAUAGGUAUGUAUUGUAAUAUUUAAGUGAUAUAAAAUAUUAUAUUAUAUGUAUAAUGAAUAUUGUAUUUUAACAACUGGCUAAUAACAAGUAGCAUUCCAGAAUAUCAAAAUUGUAAAAAAAUAUUUCGUUUUAUUAUGCAAAUUUGUUGCGUUUUGUUUUAAACUUAUUACUAUAUACUCUAAUAGCUUUUAAACCGGAUUGUUGAUUUUAUACAAAUAUUUAUUGAUUGUUACGUUUUCAUAAAGUGGUGAGCUUAACGGUUCCUAAAUCAAUUUAUUAAUGAGCUAUAGGGGCUUUUCGAUAACAAUACGACAUUAUAUAUUUCAAAAUAUAUUUUGCCUUCGAUAGUAAAGCCUAUUGGAAUUUAGGGAUAAGUAAAUUUGAAAUGGGGGCCAGUAUGUGCAGACGGGAUUUUGAAGUAAGUAAACAAAAAUGUAGGCACAAGUGAGCCUGUGAAAUGGAUUCUAUUUGGUUCACAUUGUCUUAUUUUUACAUAAUCACAAACCGAUAAAAUCCAUUUCUUAUGAAUAAUGGUGCUGGAAGAUCUGUAUAUUGUAAGAGAUUAAAUCCGUUGCUAUUGUUACUCUUUAAAAGUAGCGGAAAAUUAGUCAGAGUAGAAAAAUAAAUAAUAAUUUAUAAGCCAUCCCAGUCGGAUUGUAAUAAUAUUUACCAAUGCUUGCAUAACAAUCCGAUAAUAUAACAAUUUUAUACCGAUAAGGUAAAUUUUUGCGUUUGAGAAACACUGGUCUAAGAUAUUUAUUAACGUACGUAAUAAGUCGGCACCCAAAGUUUAGAUACCUAUUUGGUUCCAAAGUAUGUUGUUGAAUGUUUUGUUACAUACGAGCGCGGUUUAAUCUAUAUCCUUAUAUUGUAGAAAUAAACUUUAUUCAUUAACAA